AUGAGCACAAGGCAGUUUGUUCCCAAAACAUUUGGGGAAGCCCCCCUGGUGGCUGCCCACGUCUUCGUGCCCAUCGACCCGCUGUGCAUCGAGCGCCCGCCGGGCAGGCAGGAGAGGCAGCCGGCCCCCCGGCCCCGGUUGGAGGGCUCGGGGGGGUCCGUGCCCCACAGCAGCAGCCCCCGCGAGCACCAGGCCUUCCUCCCCAGGGGCCCCUCGCGCUGCAGGGACCCCCCGGGCUUCGAGGGGCUGGUGGUCAAACCCCAGCCCCCGGGGCCCUGCUGCCCCUGCGGCAGGGGGGGCCUGAAGGCCGUGGCCUCGGUGCUGGGGGCCCUGCUGCUCUGCCCCUGCCUCCUCUACGGCGCCUACGCCUUCCUGCCCUUCGACGCGCCCCUGCUGCCCACCCCCAGCGCCCGCCUGCUCUACGCCCUGCGCUGCGCCACCUUCGCCACCUUCCCCAUCGUGCUGGGGAUGAUCGUCAGCGGCAUCUCCCGCCUCUGCUUCUCUGCCCUGGAGCCCUUUGGGGAGCUGCAGAGGGAGGUGGAGAUCCACCGCACCUUCGUCUCCCAGUCCAUCCACCUCUUCAUCCUCUACUUCUUCAACAUGGCUGUGCUGGUCACCUACCUCCCACAGGAGCUCCUCAAGCUCAUCCCUCUGCUCACGGGGCUUUUUGCCAUCUCCCGGCUGAUUUUCUGGCUGUCCUACGCCAUGGGACGCUCCUUCCGCGCCUUCGGCUUCAGCAUGACCUUCCUGCCACUCCUGGCCAUGCUGCUCUGGAACCUCUACAGCAUGUUCGUCCUGGAGCCCGAGAACCUCCUUGCUGUGGCAACACCAAAGCCCCAGGAGGGCCCCCAGGAGAGAGGAGCCAAACUGCGGUACUGGGGCUGAGGGAGAGGAGGUGCCUGGAGGUGCAGAGGGGUCGAGCCCACCUCACCACCCUCCCUUGGGAGCCUUGAGGUGGGGAGGGGUGGAGGAAGACCCAGCCCAGCCCCAGCAGGGUGUUGGUGGAGCUGUAGAGCCCUCUGCACUGCUGGGAGUUUCCUGCAGGAGGGUGAACAGAGGCUGGAGCAAGACCCAGUGAGCCCUGUUCCGUGAGGAUGGGGUGGGAUCUGCCCAACCUCUGGCUGCAGCUGGUG